UUUGAAGACUCUUGUGAGAGCACACACUCGACGCUAGUACAGGGAAGGUGUGUAUGCAGCAGAUAAGCACCACUGUAGACGAAGAUUCCGCAUCUGAUAUCCGUCGGCUGUCUUUUGAGGAGUUUUUCCGUUUAACUUAACAGAACAUUACCAGUUUGGAGAGCUAGGGUACUGUACCUAAUGUAUAGCUGCAGUUGCGGCGAAUAAGAGCAGAAUCUUUCAAAAAUGCCCUGGAAUUGAAGCCAUGAAUGAAGAGGAGACGCUUCAGAUUUUGUAGCGGGACGGGCAAGCAGAAUUCUCGGCCGUUGGAACUUUUUAGGUGGCCUGCUUGGGAAAUACAUAAAUGGACUUAUGCUAGACCAACGGAUUAUAAAUUACUAUUCUAUAUUAGUUGAGGACAUCACAAUUUUUGAUCUUGGGACUUAAGUUAACGUAUAGUUCCUGUCCAAAACAUUUGCUUCCUUCUCCAAUGAAAGAUUCCCCCUCUGGAUCUAUUACGCACCAAGUACGCGAGCGGACCACCAAGCCUACUGAAGCUAGUUAUAACCAGAAGUGUAGACCGGGCGCUUUUGUGUCUUUACUUACUCCUUUGGAUCCUAUUCGCCAGUCAAAGCGACUCCCUAUUCGGAUGCUCAAUAUGUUGACCGCGCACACAAGCCACUUACUACACCCGGAGUACCUGCAGCCGCUGACAUCUGCACCAGUGAGCAUCGAGCUGGAUGCCAAGAAGAGCCCCCUAGCCCUGUUAGCUCAGACCUGCUCCCAGAUAGGUAAACCAGAUCCUCCUUCUUCAUCCAAACUGGGCUCCAUCUCCUCCAGUGGCCUGGGGGACAAAGAGGGAGGUGGGCGUUGCUCCGGCUCCAACUCCAGCUUGAAGCUGGGCGAACACCGCCCCACCCUGGAUGACAAGUCCAGCUUCAAGCCCUACUCCAAAGUGGGCGGCGACAGUCGUAGGGAUAGUGUCAGCAGCACCAACGGCAACAGUGACAAGACUGGCUUCAGGGUUCCGAACAACGGCAGUACUAACGGUAGCUCAGCUAACAGCCAGUCUUUCUCCCCCAGCUCCAGAACAAGCAGCGUUUCACCCCCUCAGCACAGCCAGAUUGCCUCCCAGUCCCACAGACAAAGCCAGUCUCCCAGUGGACAGCAGGCUUCACAACCUCAGACUCUGAACGGAGAGAGCAAACCGGAGCAGGCCAGUCCAAACAGCAGCAGCAGCAGCUGUGUCAGCAGCGGCCAUCUUAAGAAAGAAUUAGACCUGAGUAAGUCUCAUUUGGACGGCCCCCAGCUUGCCAACUCCAGCCAUGCCCGAGCCAGCACCAACUCCAGCAACGGCAGCUCUGAAAGCAGCACCAACCAUGAGGCAGGGAAGGUGGACUCCCAGGUCACCCAGUCAAACCUGGCCCACGGACACAUCACGCCCAUCUCCCCCUACAAGACAGGGCACUCGGUGUUCCCGCUCUCCUCAGCCGGGAUGGCCUAUCACGGCUCUGUAGCCUAUGCAGGCUACCCAUCCCAGUUCGUCCAAGGGCUGGACCAUACCAAGUCCGGCCUUGGAGUGGGGGUCCCAGGGAAACAUCCCAGCUCCAGUCCGCUCACGGGUGCCUCUCCCCCUUCCUUCAUGCAGGGUUUAUGCAGGGACCCGUACUGCCUUAGCUACCCCAACGCACCCCACCUGGGAGGCAGCAACUGCACUUCCUGUGUCCACGACCCCUCCUCCUCCCUCAAAUCGGGCUACCCGUUGGUCUAUCCCUCCCAUCCUCUCCACUCCCUCCACCCCAGCACCCUGUCGUCCAGCGUGUCUCCGUCCCUGUCCCACCCUCUCUACACCUACGGCUUCAUGCUCAACGACCCCAUGCCCCAUGCCUGCAACUGGGUAUCGGCCGGGGGGCCCUGCGACAAGCGCUUCGCCAACUCGGAGGAGCUCCUGGCUCACCUGCGCACCCACACGUCCCUGGCCGGAGGAAUGGACAGCAAGCUGCUCUCAGCCUACCCCUCGGUGUCCUCCGCCGCCUCCUGCCACCUCCACCUGCCGCACCAGAGCAGCCCGGCCUCCCUGCCCAGCACCUUCUCCCUCAGGGCGCCCCCUAGCUUGGGCCUGGCCCGCUACCACCCUUACAGCAAGGUCCACCUGCCUCCCGGGCCGGGCUCCAUCCCCAUGCACUCUCUCCAGUCCACGGCUCCAUACUACCCCCACUAUGCCCUCUACAGCCAGAGACUGGGCUCUGCCUCCGCCCUGGGUUACCAGUGAGCCACGCGGCGUCCAUUCCAGUGUUUGUCCUAACAUGACUCAGGCAGGGCAGGCCCUGCGGGCCUCAAUCGGCUUCCCCAGUUUGGAGACUGAGGAGAGUCUGUUGGUUUGAGCAGAGAUGAUAUGGCAGCGCUGGUACUCUGUGUCUAUGCCCAGUGAAACCACCAGGGGGGUCUGCCCCUCUUGAGUGUCUUCUGGGGGGGAGGGGGGGGGGGGAGAGAGGUGGGCCACUUGCAUGGCUGCAGACUGCCUGGAUACGGUCACUCACAAAUAACUGGACACAACUGGAUUGGGCCGGGCCGAUCUGGACUGGACCGGCAGUCAGUUGAAUGCUACAGUGAGACCACAGCACCACAAACUGGGGCUGGCUGAUAGCUUCUGCUGGGCUGCUGUGUUUACAGUCUCGAAUGUCUUGACGGUCAUGCUGGGAAUAGUGAUUGCUGUGUGGAGAUAGGUGAUGUGACAGGAAUGGCAAUAACCUUUUUUUCCACAGGGCUGCACUAUAAAGGGAGGUUGGGCAGCACAGCCAGAUGCAUGUGCAGCCAGACCAAGUGGGCAAAUCCUGGUUUGACAUUUGUUUUUGUUUCCAACAUUCGUUUCUUUCCAACUGAGAAGCUGUAUUUAUUUUGAGCGCUUGGCUUUCAAGUUUACUAUUACAAUGCAUUGUUCUUUUUUCCCCCUCUGUCAUUUCUGUAUUGCAGCCAUAUCAUUUACCAGUUAAGAACCGGAUCUGUGGAAUGCCACCUGACAGAAAUCAGUGAAGCAUACACAAAAAUAUAUAUUUUACCUCGUCACAUUGAUAACGGUGUUUUCAUGUUGGGUCUCUGAAGAAUGAAUGUGCAUGUCACAUCGGUCCCGAGCUUCUUGGUUUUGGAUAUGUACAGAAAAUGAACAGAUAACGGAGAUGUGAUAUUUUUGUGUGAAGUAUUUGGGCGAAAGCCCUUGUGUAAGGGAGAGAGUUGAACACUACUACAAAUCAAUGAUGGCAGUGCUAGCCGUUGAAAGGGGAGGUCAUAUUUUGUUUAAUAAAUGACAAUGAAUAUA